AUGGCAAAAGCUAUGGAUUUCUUUGACACGCGAUUUUUUAGGAUCAACAAGCUCUUCCUGUCCUUUGUAGGUCUCUGGCCGUAUCAAACGUCCUUCAUGAAAGCGCUGACCCUUUCGUUCGCUAUAUUUGGCAUCGGUAUAAUGUGUCUGCCGCAGAUCGCGUAUUUGAUGGAACGCGCGGACGAUCUGGACAUCGUGUUUGAACUCAUGCCGACCAUAACCGGCACGGUGAUAUGCGUUGCAAAAGUGAUCAGCCUGACACGCAAUUCCGAAAAGUUUAAGGUGCUUUUGCAACAGACGCACGAGGAUUGGGACAAUCUGCUGACCGUUCAAGAAAUGCGAAUUUUGACGAGCUACGCCGAAAACGGUCGGAAGUUCACAUUGGCGUAUUCAAUUUCCAUAAUUGGAUUUGUAUUUUGUUACGCUUUGCUGCCCCUCGCCGGACCCGUACUCGACGUUAUCUCGCCCGCGAACGAAACGAGACCGAGAAAAAUGCCACAUCCGGCUGAAUACUUUUUGAAUCAAGAAGAGCAUUAUUAUCCGCUAUUGCUCAGCACAUACGCCGGUUACGUCGCGUGCGUUUCAAUCGCAGUGGCCGCUGAUAUCAUGUACGUUUCGCUGGUGGAACAUAUCUGCGGGAUGUACGGUAUACUGUGUCAUCGCCUGGAGAAUUUGACGACGUGCGAUGAAUUGCAGUGGAUCGACAACGGGUUCAAAGAAAUCGGUCGUCGUGCGCGAUGCUGCAUACAACUGCACGAGAGAAUAAGACUAUUUACAGAGACGAUGGAGUCCACGUUCUCGUUGUUUCUUCUGUUCGAUGUCGGACUGGGAUUCGUGCUGCACACCUCCUCGUGCGUGAUGAUCGUCGUACGAACGGGACGAUCGUCCGAGAUUGUGCGAUACGUGGCCCUCGUGCUGCUGCAGAGUUGUCGAUCAUUUUUCAACAGUUGGGCCGGACAAGAAAUGACCGAUCAUAGCGCCGGAAUCUCGAUAGCGGCUUACAACGGGAUGUGGUACGACGCGCCAGUGGACGUGCAAAAAAUGUUGAUACUACUGAUCGCGAGGAGCCAAAAGGCGAACCGACUAAGAAUAGCGAAGCUGUACGUCAUCAAUUUAGAAGGUUUCAGCACGAUCACGUACCUGAUAAAAUGUGCGGAAACUGUGGACGAUAUGUACAACGUGUUACCGCCGCUCAUUGGCUCAUAUAUAGGCCUCAUAAAGGCGAUCAGUUUUCGUUCGGGAAUCGAAAAAUUUAGGAUGCUCAUUCAAUACGUGUGUUACGAUUGGCGUCUGGUGACGAGGAAGCGCGAGGACAUGCGAAUUUUUAUGGAGUACGUCGAGAGAAGUCGGAUAUUCACGAAAGCCUAUUCAAUCUUCAUCAUGACGGGCGUAAUCAGCUACGUUACAGCGCCGUUCACCGUACGGAUACUCGAUGUUGUUAUAGCAAACGAGAACGUGACGAGAACAAAACGAUUUCCGCACUCGGCCGAGUUCUUCGUGGACAUGGAAAAGCAUUAUUACAUUCUCAUGUCGAUUACGUACGCGGGAUAUUUCGCGGCCUGCACCAUAUUCAUCGCGAUCGAUAGCGUCUACUUCAUGCUGCUGCAACACGUCUGCGGUAUGCUUGCCAUAUUAUGUCAACGUUUGGAGACACUUGCCGACGCGCACGAUAAAUCCGGAUACAAAGAUCAUGGGCGCACAUCCAAAAGGGACAAGAAUGUUGAAAAUAUGACGCAGUGCGUGCAACUGCAACUCAGAAUAGAAAGGUUUAUGCGAAUAAGAAUCGUAACCUGCGAGGAUAGCAUGGAGAUGAUAAGAUACGGUCCGUUAUUGUUUAUGCAAAUUUCGCGAAUUUUCUUUAAUUGCUGGAUAGGCCAGCAAAUAAUAGAUCACAGCUGUCAGCUUCCGGUUGCGACAUACAAGGGAAUGUGGUACGAAACGUCUUUGGAAAUAAAGAAAAGAUUACCGCUUCUGUUGGCGAAGUGUCAAAAAUCGUAUCGCAUAACCAUGGCCAAAUUGUUUGUAAUCAGUUUGGAGAGUUACAGCAAGACAAUCUACGACAACCGCUAUUAUUAUCUGAACAAAAAUUUUCUGAUCGUUAUUGGCCAAUGGCCAUAUCAGUCGCGACUGACAGCCAACGUGAUGCUCGCCGCCGCGGUGUUCUUUAUUUUCAGCUCGACGGCGCUCGAGUUCUGGGGCCUGAUAGCCGGGAUAAAAGAUAUGAGCAUUGUCAUGGAGAACAGUUCGCCACUGUUGGUGAACACCUUCAUCAUCGUGAAAUUAUCCAAUUGUUUCUUCAAUAAGCACAAACUGCAGAUAAAGAAACUUAUAGAUGACAUCGAGGAAACCUGGAAGAUGAAGCAAGACGGUCCGGAGAAUGAGACAUUGCGGAGUUACGCGGAGAAGAGCAAGGUUUUCUCCAAGCAGUACGCGUUCGGUCUUUAUGUGACGUGGGUGUUUUACUCUACGAUGCCAGUCAUUGUUAGCGGAGUGUAUCGCUUAUUGCCAACGAACGACACCUACGAGGCCAAAUUUCUGUAUCGUUUGGAACACGUUGUAAACAUGGACAAAUACUUCAAUCUGUUGAUGUUCCACGGAUUCCUCGCCACGUUCUACCUAGUGUCGGUACCGAUAGCUCUCGAUACUCUCUUCAUGGUUUGCGCGCAGCAUAUCUGUUCGCUGUUCGAGAACAUACGGUACAACUUGGAGCAGAUACCAGCACGCACGAACGUAACGCUCAGGCCAAACAUAACAGACGACAAGGAUUACGACAUCAUAAUAUACUGCAUCAAGUGGUACAAACACACUUUAGACUUUUCAGAGUUGCUCUCAUCUACUUUUGCAAUGUCUUUCCUCAUCGUGCUGGGAACCACAGUAAUAUGUUUAAGUUUCACCGCGGCUGAACUGAUAAUGGCGGACUUUCAGGUGGAUGAAAUUAUCAGAAUACUUACCAACAACUUGGCGCAAUUAUUGCACCUUUUGGUUUUGAAUUUGAGCUCUCAACUAAUAAUCGAUUCUAGCAGCGAAUUUCAAACAACAAUUUACAGCUGCAACUGGUACACGACCUCACUGAGAUGCAGACACUUGUUAAAACUGACUUUAUUACGUGCCUCGAGACCGUGCCAAAUAAAAGCGGGCAAAAUGUACGUAAUGUCGAUGGAAACUUUCAGCUCGAUCUUGCAAGUGUCGAUGUCUUACUUCACGAUGCUCACGUCAAUGAUGAGCGCGGAGCAUUAUAAAAUCAAUCGGCUCUUCAUGUCGUGGAUCGGCCAAUGGCCGGAACAAUCCGGUUUUAACAAAUACUUUCUCUCCUUCAAUCUCAUCUUCGCUGUGGGCGGUCAAUUCUGCUUGCAAAUGUGCGGUCUGGUGGCAUCGUGGCAAGACUGGGAUCUCGUGAUCGAAUGUUCCUCUCCUAUCAUCAUCGACCUACUAUGUCUCGUGAAGUUCUUCAACUGUCUGUUUAACGCUCGUAACUUUAAGCGUCUUCUUGUUCAAAUGAGAGAUAGCUGGCGAUUGGCGACGUACGACGCUCAGAUCGAAAUUUUAAACCACUACACCAACAAAGGCAAAAAGCUGACUAAGAUGUAUGCGGCCAUAAUGUACGGCUCCAUGUCCAUGUACAUAACCAUACCCAUCCUGCCGUCCAUCGUGGCGAUUUUCACUAGCGCGAAUCAAACGCAAAUGUACGGCUUGCUGUAUCACGUGGAGGCUGUUUUCGACGUGGAGAAAUAUUAUUACAUCAUCUUGCUGCACUCGUAUUACACCACCUUUUUUCUGAUGACUAUCCCGGUAGCGGCGGACUCUAUGCUGAUAGUGUACGUGCAACACGCUUGCGGUCUUUUUCAUGCCGUAGGAUAUCAGUUAGAAAAUGUGAAACAAGACGACAAUCUCGAUAUCAACGUUUGUUCGCUACACGAAUACGACGAAUGUUAUCGGGAGAUUAGCGACAGCGCCAUAAAACAUAAAGAAGUGUUGCAGUUUGCUGAAUUAUUGGCGUCCUCGUACAGCAUGUCUCUGCUUGUGCUGACGAUAUUGAACGUGACAGUUGUGACAUUUAGCGGAGUGCAGGCAGUGAUAAAUUUCGAUCAACCUGCGGAGGCAUUUAGGUUCGCGAUAACGGCCGUGUGUCUGAUGAUGCACUUUCUCUUCCUCAGUCUGCCGGGGCAAAAAUUGAUAGAUCACAGCUCCAGUGUACAUCAAUCUAUUUGCGCCGCAAAUUGGUAUGCCGUUUCCUUGAGAGCAAGAAAGUUGCUGUUCCUGAUGUUGAUGCGCUGCGAAGUACCGUGUCAGAUUACGGCCGGCAAAAUGAACGUCAUGUCUUUAAGAAAUUUCAGCGCGGUCGUGCAAGCGUCCAUGUCUUAUUUCACUGUACUAACGUCUAUGCGAUAA